CCGGUCUCUCAUUUCCCCCGGAGAAGGACAAAAAAAAAAUCUGGCAGGUAGCCAGGAGUUAUUUAGGAGCGUGUCAUAUUCAGUCAGUACCGUGCAUGUGUGUGUGUGUGUGUGUGUGCGUGUGUGUGUGUGUGGAGGUGUAGUGGGCUGAGCAGGAAGCGCAGAGCAAUUAAAAUCGCGCGUGUCCAAGAGACUGAGUCUCGAGAGAGAGAGAGAGAGAGAGAGAGAGAGAAAGGGUAAUCGAGUCGAAUUUGUUUUGGGGCGUCGAAAAAAAAAAAAAAACCACGCACACACUGUUAUAAAUAGUGGUGUGUGAGGAGAGGAUGUGAGCCUUGGUGAGCCUUGGUGAGCUGGAUAUCUACCCACCGAGCAUGGAAGUGAAAGAAGAGCGCGCGGACGGUCGCGAGGUGCGCGAGGCUUACACGAUACUUGUGGAAUCGGACGCGAUUGUGCGCAACAAGCGCGCGCUCCGGCGCGAGAUGUGCAUCAGCCGCAUCGUCAUUUUCAUCCUCCUGAUCACCUGCGUGGCCUUCUGUGUCAUCCUGUACAUCCAACAGGACCAUGCAAGCAAGAAUACCAAAAACAAGGAAAAGGCAAAUGAAACAUGUGCCACAUUCCAACCCGGCAACGCAGAAGCUCACAAAGUAGAUGAUCAGACACCUCCCAUGGCUUCCCUGAGCAUUCACCCUAAUUCAAUGAACCCCAUCCUGACAUGGCAGGCUCAUCAUAAGCACAUGAACGACUUCUGCUUGGAAGGCCCCUGCGAGUCUCUGGUCAUACCUCAAGAUGGCAAGUACAGACUCGGCCUGCAGAUAACGUACGGGGAAGAGAACCCCAAGGAAGAGCAGAGCCAUCUGGCUCACAACAUUGUCAUGUACUCUGACAGUUACAACGAUCCGAUGACCAUUCUGUCCGUCUAUGAGACCGUUUACAAGAAGAGCACCUGGUUGAAAUCCGUAUACUCUGAGGUCAUCCAUGUUUUCAGUAAGGGGGACAGAGUCAAGGUGCAGAGCGAUAACGCCAAACUCAUCGACAGAAGUGGACAACCGUGGACGAAAAACUUUCUCACUUUCCAAUUUGUUUCCAAACUGAGGGAUCUAUGAGCUCUUUAGCAGAGCAAGGACAUCUAACACACCAUCCAUAUACACUAAACUAAUCAAAGCUAACUAACAAAGCUAACAUUGCAGAGUGUGAUUGGAUGAGUGUAAUACAACUGUACUGUAUUUUUCUUUACCUUUUUCUGUUCUCGGCCAAUAGCAGGUGCUGUUAUUAUUAGUGAAGCAUAUUGUAAUGAUUUUAUAAUAUUGUCUCAUGCCUAAUUUUGGUUUUUAUGGUAGGCGUGAUGCUCCAGAAGAUACACUGAAGGUACACUACCAUUAACUUGCGCUAACAUAUUAUAACCCUACUGGUAUGCUAGCAUAAAUUUAGCAUGCUCAUAGCGGCGGUGAUUGUACCAAAAAACAGCUGUUUAUAAAGUGAAUUACAAGCGUUCAGCAUUAACUAUUGCUCUGUAAUUAACUACAGCAACACUAAGAUUACAAAAACUAAACCAAACAUGGUGCUAAAGUGAACAAGUGCCAUUUGAGAUCCAGGACAUAUUAAGGGAAAAAAAAGUCCUGGUACGUUAAUCGGACUUUCACAACAAAGCUACCUGUGUGAGAAACCGCUAAAUGGGACGGCCUGGAAAAGGCGCUAACACAGGAAGCGGUGUACGGUGAAAACCCGGACCUGCAGCCUGUUGCACCAGCUGAACACAAGUUCGCUCGGAGCGAAAAGUCGAUCCUAAUCAUCUGUAGGUUGAGGGGAGCUAAAAAUUAGCGCAGUCAAGAAUUUUUUGCGUAAAGUUAUCAUAUGAUUUAUGCCACCAUGUAUUUCACUAGACAGCUAGCUAGAUGUUAAAUGCUAGUUUAGUUGCUAGCUGUGGAAUUCAAACAUUUUCAGCAUUGACACACUUAGUAGCUAACUUUCUCUUUCAGAAAUCAGAAUGCUGUAUGGAAAACUCUUAACCUUCCUGCUGAUAUUUCCUCACCGAAAAACAGAAACUUUUUUUUGUAGUAUUUCAAUUUCAAAAUGAUAUUUAUUUUAACCAUAGAUAAAUGAACAAAAUCAGUAUUUAUCCAUCUGUUUUCUAUCGUAUUUGUAUUUUUUAAUGUUGUAUCUUGGUUUUACUCUGCACACAUUUACGGUUUUUUUUUAACAUUGGUAACUUUUGGUUACCAAUUUUCAGUACCCCACCUCUAGGUGUAUGUAUGUUUGAAGUUAUAAUGUAAGGCUAGGUUGUAUCUAUGCCACUUGGUGCAAGCGUUGAUCUUUUAGUAGUUCGUAAACUCGACCGGAGCGGACAUGUACAUUACAAGCUAGGCUACGUUCAGCUGGUUUAACAGGCUGCAGCAAUCCAUAUCUACAUAUAUACAUGCAGUAUAUAUACUGUCUACUCAGCAAACAGGCACAAAGAGUACACAGUUAUUUUUUUCUUCCUGAGCCACAUUCAAAUAAACUCUGCAUUUUUAGCUACAAUUAAUCCAGCCUCCUGCGGUCAUGUGAACAACUUACUCGCUGUAAAAUAUGUGAUAAUAUAUGCAUUUUAUAUAUAUAUAUAUAUAUAUAUAUAUAUAUAUAUAUAUAUAUAUAUAUAUAUACAGAGUAUAUAAGGUCUUUAUAUAAUAGAGCUUUACAAGUUUUUCUCUUUGUGUUACUGUGUAUUUAUGCAAGUUUCUUUUCCAUAAUUCUCUCACUGUUUAUAUCAUCUUACCCGUGCUUGUGUGUUUGAAAAUGAUCGUAUGGUUUUUGUUUUAUUUUGUUGUUCGUUUUUUUUUCUUUUUUGUCUCAAACUGUACUGAGAGAAAUUUGCAAUACUGUUUAGAUGUCGGAAUGUAUAAAAACACGGACAUUUAUUAUCCUUUUUUUUGAAUCUCUGUGCAUAUACUUUUAUUUUGAUUGAAGUUAACAUUAAGCAGAAAAGGUUGUAUGCUCUCUUUUAAAUAAAAAAGCAAAAAUGAUAUUUUUUUUCUGACAAAA